GGCUGGUGAGUGCCGGGCAGCGAGGGUGUCGAGGUCGCGGCGGGACGUUCAGGUUGCGUCAUUAAUCUUAUCAGAGGCCAGGAAGUAAAUACCAUUAGUUUAAGGAUCUGAGGCGCGCAGAGAUAUAGUUACUAAAACAAUCCAAAUAGUCAGAUAGCCGUGGAAGUCACUCAGCGAGGCUCCAACAGACCGUGCAGAGGCAUCACAGGCGGCACUGAGGAACUGAGGCAUUGAAGAGAUCGCUGCGGCGGCACUGCUGGCCCGGCGUGGGGUUGAGGAAGGUCCUGCAGACUGUGGGGGCAGUGAACGCAGUGUACGCAGGGCGCAGGGCGAGGCUUUGCGAGACACCGACGUGAAUUGUUGAGGUGGUCGGGAGUGACGCGACAUUAUUUAUGUUCUUAGCAGCAGAGGGGAAGGCUGCGAGGCACAGAGCCGAGUAGGGUUUAGGAAGGUAGUAAGUAGUGUCGCCGACCACCACUAGAGGCGUGCCUCCCGCCCUGCCGCCCAGGGUUCCUCCCACGUCCCGCCGUGAACCACCACCACCACUACCGCCGUCCACCACACACACCGCCAGUCUGCUCUCGACGCUCGCACGUGAGGGAUCCGCUGCCCGGCCGCUCUCUCAGCCUCCCUUUCCGCUGCCUGUGAGCGCACCGCGGCGACAGUUUUGACAGGACAGUGACUGCCUUAUGUUGGCGCUGCUUCCGAGUGCUAGCAGCUGUUUAGCGCGAACUGCUGCACUGAUAGUGAGAACGAUAGACCCUCCUCAUACUACCGAUAAGAGUUGAGGGCGCCUCGCUAUCUCCCGUCCGCGUGUCGUCCAGCCAGCUUAAUAAGGAUGUGACGCUGCGUUGUCUGCUGUGACCUCGAUAAGUUGUGGUGGCUUGGGCGUGCAGGGGAGAGAUAGAGAGGGGCGCUGUGAGUGGCUCGCCUUCACGAUAAGUGUGGUGUGUGCGUCCAGCCCAGAGUCAUGUGUGUGCCCCGCGUCCACUGGUGUGUGAUGUCAUGUGAUGCCCCAGCACGUGCGAGCUGCAGCACAUGAGACGCUCCACGAGAAACACAACACCGCCGCCAACAGACGUGACCCUAAGAGGAACUGACAGAACCGUCACACCAAGGAAGGAGAGAUAAAGUCACAACAGUUGAUUACAAUAUAGACAAAUCAAGUUUCUCUCUCUCUCUCUCUCUCUCUCUCUCUCUCUCUCUCUCUCUCUCUCUCUCUCUCUCUCUCUCUCUCUCUCUCAAACUUUCUCACUGCCGCCCCACCAUGGAUCUCGCUGCCGCCCUGAGCUCCUUGCCGUGGCGGGCAGGCGCCGUGUCCGCCACCUUUCAGCAGCAAAUCAUGAUGCAGAAGUUGAUUGCUCGACUUACACAUGCAACAGGAGAGGAUGACUGGGACAGCAACGAGGAAGCUUCGCCCAAUGACUUGAUGACGUCUCCGCACUCUGACCAAUCCGCCACAGGGGAAGGUGUCACGUCAUCGCCUGUGUCCAACCAAUCGGAGAGCGGCGCCAUAGCGGAGGCUGGAGGCGGUGAGUCCACGGCCGGAGCGACAAGCCCAGUUGAUAAAGAUCUGAAGGAAGCCAUCGACACCACCGUCAAAAGCCUCUCAGACAGGCUGAGUGUGUCGGCGGGAGACAAGGAGGGACGCGGCUCCCCCUCCCGUUCUCCUUCCCCUCGCGGGUCCUCGCCAUCUUCCCCUUCCCAGCCCACAGGAGGGACUGCCGCGGCCUCAGGCUCCACUGCCGGGACCACCAAGGCGGUGAAAAGUGAGCACCCCGGCACCUCGAGUCCUAAGCUUGGCAACGAGGUCGUUAUGAAGGAGGAAGUGAGUGAGCCCUCUCCUCUGGCCCACCCCGCCGCACCCAGCACCCCUCGGGCCCAGGUGUCGCCAGGCCUCACUCCGGAGAUCGAGGCAGCCCGGCAGCAGCUUACCUCCAUGAUCCAGGGCCUGCCGCUGCUGUCCAUGCUGCCAGCACUGCACCGCCUUGCCCCCGCUGCAGUGGUGAGCCUUGCAUCAAGUCUCGGCAGCAUCAGCACCAACAACAGCACCAGCAGUUCAGCACUCACUGACGCCACCACUGGAGGAGCUGGUGGGGGCAGUGGCACCAGCAGUAACGGCCGCACCACCUGUGUGUGUGGCAUCCGCUUCAGCAGCCCCAGCAACCUGGAGGCCCACCGCAUGUUCUACUGCACCCAUCGCCAGAACCUCCACUCAGAUAAUGAGUCAACAAGCAGCAAGGAACUGCCGCCCUCCACAGCCAGCAUGAGUCCCCGGGGUGAUGGAGGAGCCACCACUGAUGAGGAGGAGGGAGGACGUGUGCUGCGGUGCCCUCACUGCCCCUACACCACUGCACACAAGCUGAGCCUCAAUGGCCACAUGAACAUCCACACCAACCCUGAGGACCUGGCCAAGACUGGAAAUGCCUCCCACACCACUGCAGCAGCCCCACAGGUCACCCUUAGCGAGACCAGAGCCACUGAUAGAUACUGUUCUGACUGUGACAUCCAAUUUUCUUCAGUCAAAACGUUCCGCGUCCACAAGGCUCACUACUGCCAGACCCGCCACGUCCUGAAGGGAGGAGGCAAGAGUCCUGCCCGGGAAGAGUCUGGAUCAGGUGCCGCAGCGACCAGCCUGUCAGCCAUGGUGAAUGCAGCAGCAGGAAGCAAUCAGCCCAUCCUUGCGCUGCCCACAAACCCCAUCCUGCUGGUGCCAUACUCACUGGUGGCUGAAGCACGGCUGCUGCCUCCCCAUGUGCUGCCACAAGCCGGAGCAGCAGUGGUUCUUCCCAAUGGCCAGGUGCAGCCACUGUCCCCUGGUCCCCUUCCUGGUCCUGCCCCUCCUCCCCUCCUCUCCCCAACAGCAGCAGCCACUCAUGUCCCAUCCUCUGCACCCCCUCCCACUCACCCUCCCCAGGCAUCCCCACAGUCCAGUCCCAUUUCACCACCAAAACAUUCUCCCAAGGAUGAUUCCAGACUGAAACCCGUGAGCAGUGAUGUGUGUGGAAAGAGACGGGGAGAAGGAGAGUGUCCACUUGACCUCACCACCAAGAGGCCAAAACUCACGAUCAAAACAGACCUAUUAAGUGAUGAGGAGAAAGAGAAUCGGGAAGUCAACACUCCUACUCAAGCUCGCUCCCCAGUCCCCAAGUCCCGUCCUGGCUCCUCCCAAGGACCAACUGGAGAGUUUGAGGGGAAACUCUUAGCCUCACCACCUCGGCCCUCACCUUCUAGUGAGGCUGAGGGGCAAUCCACACCCCGUUCCCCUCGCCCAGCCUCAGCAGCCCCAACUCUAGGCUCUCCACGAGGCCUCCCAGAGUCUCCACGGCCAUCCACCUCUACCCGUUCUCCUAACCAGCCAACUCAGGUUCCCCCAGUUCUGCCUCAGUUGCCUCCUGGCUUCCCUAACCUCCUGGCAAGUCUUGAGAACUUGGGUGGGCUUUCACUGGCUAGUCUCCAGGGCCUGCACGGUGUGCCACCAGAACUUGCCCUCAAGCUCCUCAACUCUGAUUUGCUCAUGAAUGGCUUGGCACCACUAGUAAAUCCCCCAGUCAUAGUCAAACAAGGUGAAGCAAAAUGCAAUGAGUGUAACAUUGUGUUUUAUAAAGAGGAAAACCUACAAGUUCACAAGAAACACUAUUGUGCUGCUCGCACCAUCAAUCGAGGGGAGGAUGACCACAGAUCCAGUAGUAACAGGAGCCCAGCUGCAGCAACAACAGGAGCUGCAGAAGCUGGAGCAGGGCCAUCCAGACGAUCCCCAAGUGCUCUACCUGAAGUUACAUCACCACCAACAACCAAAUCUUCUCCUUCUGUAAAAGAUGCUCCCAAGGGAACCAAACCUCUGCUUCAGUUUAUCUGCACAGCAUGUGGCAUCAAAUUCACUUCUCCUGAUAAUCUCAAGGCCCAUCAAACCUACUACUGUCCAAAACGUGAGGGUGCAUCAGGGGAGGAGGGUGUCACCAAAGGUCUAUGGAGGUGUCCUCGGUGCCGCUGUGCAAUGCCAGAGACACUGCAGGCAGCCCAUCAGUGUGUAACACCUUCCCCUGCCCCAUCUCAUGGGUGGAAAUGCCCAUGCUGUCCUGCCAUCUCCCCUACUGCAGCUGCUGCCCAAAAGCACUUGGAAACCCAUGCUGGCAUCAAGGGUUUUCGCUGUACAAUCUGUGGUUACCGUGGCAACACACUAAGGGGCAUGCGCACUCACAUCAGGAUGCAUUUUGAGAAGAGAACCAAUGAACUUCAAGAGGAAAACUUCAUAUCAUGCAUCCUUGAAGAUGAUGAUGGCAGUCGGAGAGUGGCAGAGAUGAGAACAAUGGCUGACCUACCUAGGGUCAUUCUUGAAAACCCUACCCUCUCUGCCCUUUUAGCAGAGGGAGCAGCUGAAUGCACAGAUCAGCCUCUCUCAUGUCACUUCUGCCCAUUUGUGACACCUUACCGUGCCAGCCUGGCCAAACAUUUGACUGUGGUGCACAAAGUUGGAAUUGAUGCCAAGCUGCAGGCUCUUCUUGAGGGCCAGGCCAUGGGCUCAGUUGCUGAUGCUCCUGCUACACCUGAGACUGAAAGACAUGAUCCUGUUGAGAAUGGGAACCCAGUAAGCUCACCUCCACUUCCUGCUAUCAAGCUAGAGCCAGAGGUUAAACUUGAAGUGGAAGAAGUGAACGACAAAACCCGAACAUUCUCUUCAAUGCCACACUCCCCAAGUGAGGAAACUUCUAAAGCAGAGGCCACAAGCAAUGGUGGCACAACAAGCACCAAUGGGCCAGACAUCCAGCGGUACUGCAAGGCUUGUAAUAUAACGUUCUCAUUCACAGAGUCCUUCUUGGCACACAAGAGGUUUUACUGCACCAAGCCAGAAUCCACCACUCCACCGGAAACAGCAGUCCAGUGACCUAUGGAGUGCUAGCUAAAGACCUGGCAUUUGCAAUGCUUAUUUCUGCAUGGUGGAGUCAAUGUCUUGCUUCCUAAUGCAUUAACUUAUUGGAAAUCUGCUAAGCUUUAGUUGUACAUAGUGCUGGGUGGGGUGGUGACCUAAUGCCAUAUCAGCUGUACAUACUCACCCACUCCCAAUACCAGUCCCCCACUAACCCCUAGCUGGUAGGACCCAGAUGCAAGAUAUACGACAUAAAGAGAGAAAUUUUGAAGAACUAUUUAUAUAUAUAUGCUUUAUAGUCACUGUUUAACUGAGCAACUAGAUUAUUACUGACAUGUAUUAUCCUUCUUACAACUCAAGAUCAGUCUGGCAAAGAUACAUAUCUACCACCCUGUGUUUUGUUUGUUUGUUUUGUUGUACUUGCUGUAAAAAGAAAUGUGGGACAAGACAAUGAUGCAAAGUCUCCAGUGAAAGUAUCUACAGCAACAAGAAAAACAGCUGACCUCAUGAGUGAAUUUUAUAAGAGUUUGCAGAUGAAUGAGGCACUGAUCUAUGUGAGUGACUGUUAUGGAAGAAACUGAAGUGAAAGCUCAGAAUGGAAUACUGUAGAGUCUCAUAAGUGCAAACAUUGAAUAUAGUAGAUUCAAGCUGGAGACAAGGGUGGUGUCUAGUCGUGCGUGUUGUGCCGUCAGUGAGUAAAAAAACUAAAUCCCUGGCUCCUUCUGAAUAACAUAUUAGGUGUUCACAGGAAAAUAGUUGAGUGUAAAGUAUCUAAAACUAAUGAAAGAAUUCUCUUCUAUAUUUGUUUUGUUUUACAGGAUUUUAUGUUCACAUAAGAUAUUCCUUGUUUUUUUUAAAGAAAGCUGUAAGCAUUCUCAGUCAGAAUCCUUCCCUCUCUCUUUCUCCAGCUGUUCUCAUGAAAAUGUAUCCCAUUCUAACUGUCUCUUUUCCUGCCUUCUAUUUCAACACCCAGUGGAACCAAGUGUCCAAAAACCACCCUGUUUUUUAACUCGGUACAGAACAACAUGUGAUAGCUCAUGUACGUGUUAACAUUACUGUCUUAUGAGUGUUCCAUGUGAGUGUGAGUGUGAGUGAAUGUGUGUGUGUGUAUAUGUGUGUGUUUAAGUUUGCUCCUUGGAUAUUUUGUAUUCUUCUGUAUUAAGAUUAUCAAAUGGCAGGGAUAUUUACAUGAUGGAAGAGCUGUAAAGAAUGUUUUUCUUGUUAUUAUUUCACAAGAGAAUUUUAAGUAUGUGAGAUUCCCCAUCUUUUUAAAUACUCAUUCUCUCUCUCUCUCUCUCUCUCUCUCUCUCUCUCUCUCUCUCUCUCUCUCUCUCUCUCUCUCUCUCUCUCUCUCUCUCUCUCUCUCUCUCUCUCUCUCUCUCUCUCUCUCUCUCUCUCUCUCUCAUGUAGUUGCUUCCUUCACUAUGACAUUACAAACAGUUAACAGUUAAUUGUAUUAUUUUUAUAAAAGAUAAAUUAAUAUUUGAUUCACUUGCUGAAAUACUGAAGUGAAGAAUCAGCAUCACCUCAUUUGUUUCUAUAGUCCUAUUAUGAAAUUGAUGCCCUAUUUGUUCUAGCUGAAUAUUUUAUGUUUGGCUCCUCAUCUCAGUCUUAAGCACUUUAUUUUGACUCAUUUCCAUCACUGCCUUAUCCCCUUCCUCAGAGACUGUUUCACUGUCUUAGCCAGCAAGUACUCUCUCUCUCUCUCUCUCUCUCUCUCUCUCUCUCUCUCUCUCUCCUCUCUCUCUCUCUCUCUCUCUCUCUCUCUCUCUCUCUCUCUCUCUCUCUCUCUCUCUCUCUCUCUCUCUCUGAGUAUGGUAAGUCCUCUUAUUAACCGUCAUCUUUGGCACGAUAUGGAAUUGCUAUCAAGUUUUAUAUUAUUGCCAUUGAUGUGUACUCUGUGUCCCCAGAAAAGGGUCACUCAAUAUACUAUAUCUGUCUUUCACUAAACCCAGUGCUCGGUUCUGUUAUCAUACAUUUGAUAAGCUCCUCCACGCCUUGUUACACUUGAGUAUCCCUCUCAACUACGUAACUUGUUACAUCUCCCUGCGUGUUUUAUAUUUUACUGCGUCUGAAUGAUCUUCCCCCAUCUCUUUACCGUUGCUCUGUGCCCCCCAACUUCCUGUACCUCCAGCCCAGUGUGUUCCAUAGCCUUUUCUCACUGUACCAUAUCUCAUCCCUCGUACCAAUCCAUGUACUGCAUUCUGCCCUCUGUGUACUAUGGUUCUCUUUAGUAAAACUGAUGUCUGUUU